CCCGGACCAGCUCUAAACACACCCGUAGUAGAAAGUAGUCUGUGAAAUACAUGGAAAUACGCGGACCAUGAGAGUACAGUGGGCGAGCUAGCUACACCACAGAGGAGACAGAAUGUAAGAUGAGACUCCUAUAAACCACUCAAGAAGCGUGUUCAGACCACUAUGAUGUGUGAGUCCUCCCUGAUGCGAUGCCUGCAGCUGUGUGUGUCCUUACUGAUGGUGGUCAGACUGCAGUGCAAGGUAACGGCCCCUGAGCGCGUGGAGGCCCCAGUGGAGCUCCCCUUCACUCUGUCCUGCAUGGUGUCUAAGGGGCGUGGGGACAGCCUGAAACAGGUGCGCUGGCUGGAUGUCCAGAACAAGACCCUGUUGACCUACGAGCCCAGCCAGAAGGACAGCGUGAGUGGCCAGCAGCAUGUAGAGCUGGCCGCCUCCCCCAAGGAUACCUCAGCCAUCACCAUCCGCAGGGUGGGCUUCAGAGACGAGGGCUGCUACACAUGCAUUUUUGACCUGUACCCCUCGGGAUCGCAGGAGGGACACACCUGCCUCACUGUCACAUCACGUGUGACUGCAGAGGGUAACAAGACAGCGGUGAGUGGUAAGGCAGCAUCCCUGUCUUGCUCCUAUGGGCUGCCAGAGAAGGUACAACAGGUGCUGUGGAGACAUACAGCAGAGCAGCGGGACUCAAGCGAAGUAGCCUCCUAUGCUAAACGCAGCGACCCCAUGAUCGAGCCGCCCUACCAGGAGAGGGCCUGGCUGACCCCCUCCCUCUCCCACAGCAAGCUGUCCAUCAGACCGGUCAGCGUCCAGGAUGAGGGCUGCUACACCUGCGAGUACCACACCUACCCAGAGGGCACCAAGAGCGCUACCGUCUGCCUCACUAUCUUUGUACUGCCUAAACCCCAGGUGAGCUACAAGAACACGUCUCCAGGGGUCAUCGAGGCCAACUGUACAGCUGUGUCCCGGCCCCCGGCGGAGAUAGUGUGGAACGUGGAGAGGGACAACCGAACUAUGGGACCCCCUGUGACAUCACAGCUCCAGCAGGGGGACGGAACCACCCUGGUCAUCAGCACCCUCACCGUCCAAUCAGGGCUGCUGAAGGACGUGUCCGUCAAAUGCCUGGUCCACCAUAAGGGUCUGGAAUCACCCAUCGCUGUUUCUAUGAACACCAAGAUUGGGACAGCUUUGACCAUCCUGAUCUCGGUGACCACUGUAGCUGCUCUGCUGGUCAUAAGUCUCUGCUUCUGCCUCUGGAAGUGUUUCCUGCGCAAGGAAGACGACGGAGUCUAAAAGAAGGAAGUGAAACUCAGCCAAUCAGAGACUGUUCCUCAACAUUCUACUGCACUUUCAGAAGUGAAGCAAGGCCCACCUCAAGAGGGCACAGAAUACAAUCUGUCAUGACCAACAUCACAGGGUCCCAGAGAAACUGAAUCCAUCAACACAAGAUCUUUUGUUUAGUCACAAUGGCUCGUAUUCACGAGUUUGAAGUGUUUCAGAGUAGGAGUGCUGAUAUGCGAUCAGAUUUCCCUUUUAGAUCAUAAUGAAUAAGAUUAUAUUGACUGAGGAGACCUGAUCCUAGAUCUGCACACCUACUCUGAGACUAUUUGUGAAUACUGGCCAGUAUGAUCACAACACAUCCUAACAGAUCUGAACCUAAUCUUGUCCUCUGGUAACCCCAAUUGGCAUUCAUAUAUAUUAUGAAGUGUGAUGCUGACAGAGAAUUUUGUUCUUGUAACUGCCUUGGUUUCUUUGUGCCAUUCUAUGUUCCCAAGAUUAAUGUGGUUCUCAUGACCUAAUGGACCUAGGUUGUAGGAAAACUGAAUUAAGUGAAAAUAUCUUAGUCUACUAUGGUAUUCAGUGAUCCUAAUGUCUUGUGAUACACUGAAUGCAGAUGAAUAUAGUUAUUGUUUGUGAUUUUCCACUUCAAAGUCCCACUUUAGACCACUGCAACACAGCUCCUGUGGAAGACCUACCCUGUUUGAAUCCCCCAGAAUGCACUCUGUUUUGCUUCUACUCUUAAUGUUGAAGGGGACAACCUGCUUUGCCAAUUGAUUUGACGAUUUUGUGUACAUAAUGUGUAUAUACAACUGACAGUAUUUAGCUAAGCGUGCUUUCUUUCCUGAACCUCAUAGGCUAUGAUAAAGCUAUCUGUAAGGGUUCAACCCCAGGGCCCAGAUUCACAAAACACUUCUUAUGCAAAAACUUAAGAAGUAUCUUCAGAAAAAAAAUAAGUUCAUGAGAUAGUAAGUAAGUGCAAUUCCUCAAAAAUGUCUUAAGAAUUCAGGCUUUUCUUACGAACUUCUCAAAUAUCUUCUUACAAACGUAACUACCUUUUUAAGAUUAUUGUCACUAAGCAGCUGAGCUAGCUCGCUAUCUAGCUAGCAAGGGCAAUCCUGUUAGCAUAUUUCUUACUGAGAUUACUGGUCAAUUUGUUUGGUGGGGGGGAUUUAAAACAAUCAACCCUGAAACAUUUAAUAUACGAAAAGUUGCUAUUCCUCAAUAAAGUUCUUGAAAAUGCUC